AUGUGGGUCCGGGUUACCAACUGACGGAGUUUGGAGUAAGGCCGCGUACAAUUCUUCGCGCUUAACAGUUUUCCUUGGACCCUACGAACUUCUUUUCUAAGAAACCUAAAGGAAAUUCUGAGGCUUCAGAGCCAUCUUCUUUAGCAUAUUCCUUCCCAGGAGCACUCAAGAAGCCUGGUUUAGGGUUUGCUCAUCCCGGUGGUUGGGACUACGUUUCCCAGGAGGCAUCGCGAACAAAUGCUCGGACUCUAUUUCCCAGAGUUCCCGAGCAUCGGCAGUACCAGACUGUCUUCCCUGAGGGCGUUGGAGACUUCAGGGCCAAGAUGGCGACAGGAACGGGUAGUAAAACACAAGCUGCUGAGUACUGGCCCUACAGAGCCAUGGUCCAUCCGAGAGAAGCUCUGUUUAGCCUCAUCAGUUAUGAGGAGUGGAGAUCAAAAUUGGGUAUCAGUUAGCAGAGCAAUCAAGCCGUUUGCAGAACCUGGCCGCCCUCCAGACUGGUUCUCUCAAAAACAUUGUGCUUCCCAGUACUCAGAGCUUCUAGAGACCACUGAGACCCCAAAACGGAAACGGGGUGAAAAGGGAGAAGUGGUCGAAACAGUUGAAGAUGUCAUUGUUCGGAAAUUGACUGCUGAACGAGUUGAGGAACUAAAGAAAGUGAUAAAGGAAACCCAAGAAAAAUACAGACGGCUGAAAAGAGAUGCAGAACUAAUUCAAGCUGGGCACAUGGACAGCAAACUGGAUGAGCUUUGCAAUGACAUUGUGAUGAAAAAGAAAUUGGAGGAAGAGGAGGCUGAAGUAAAGAGGAAGGCUACGGAUGCUGCAUAUCAGGCUCGUCAAGCAGUAAAAACACCCCCUCGGAGAUUACCCACUGUGAUGGUCCGCUCUCCUAUAGAUUCUGCCUCCCCAGGAGGUGAUUAUCCACUUGGAGACUUGACUGCAACCACUAUGGAAGAGGCCACCUCUGGAGUAACCCCUGGGACUUUGCCGAGUACCCCAGUCACCUCGUUUCCUGGGAUUCCUGACACCCUUCCUCCAGGCUCUGCACCCUUAGAAGCCCCCAUGACCCCAGUAACAGAUGAUUCACCCCAGAAAAAGAUGCUUGGACAGAAAGCAACUCCACCCCCCUCCCCUCUGCUGUCAGAGCUCUUGAAGAAGGGCAGCCUCCUGCCUACUAGCCCCAGACUGGUCAAUGAGAGUGAAAUGGCUGUGGCUUCUGGCCACUUGAACAGUACAGGUGUCCUCCUGGAGGUAGGCGGGGUUCUUCCCAUGAUACAUGGUGGGGAAAUGCAGCAAACACCCAACACUGUUGCGGCCUCCCCUGCUGCCUCAGGUGCUCCCACUCUUUCCCGGCUUUUAGAAGCUGGUCCUACACAGUUCACCACUCCUCUUGCUUCCUUCACUACUGUUGCCAGUGAACCUCCAGUUAAACUUGUGCCACCCCCUGUAGAAUCUGUGUCCCAGGCUACCAUUGUCAUGAUGCCUGCGCUGCCAGCACCAUCCUCUGCUCCGGCUGUCUCCACUCCUGAGAGUGUAGCUCCAGUGAGUCAGCCUGACACUUGUGUCCCCAUGGAGGCUGUGGGGGACCCACAUACUGUGACUGUUUCCAUGGAUAGCAGCGAAAUUUCCAUGAUCAUCAAUUCUAUCAAAGAAGAGUGUUUCCGAUCAGGGGUAGCAGAGGCCCCUGGGGGAUCAAAGGCUCCCAGUAUAGAUGGGAAGGAAGAUUUAGAUCUGGCUGAGAAGAUGGAUAUUGCUGUGUCCUACACAGGUGAAGAGCUGGACUUUGAGACUGUUGGAGACAUCAUUGCCAUCAUUGAGGACAAGGUAGAUGAUCAUCCUGAAGUGCUGGAUGUGGCAGCAGUAGAAGCGGCACUGUCAUUCUGUGAAGAGAAUGAUGAUCCCCAGUCCCUACCUGGCCCCUGGGAGCACCCUAUCCAGCAGGAGCGGGACAAGCCAGUAUCUCUCCCUGCACCAGAGAUGACAGUCAAGCAAGAAAGGCUGGACUUUGAGGAAACAGAAAACAAAGGAAUCCAUGAACUGGUAGACAUCAGGGAGCCCAGUGUUGAGAUUAAAAUGGAGCCUGCAGAACCAGAACAAGGCCUCUCGGGUCCUGAAAUAGUAGCUGGAGUUGUUCCAGCCACAAGUAUGGAGCCACCAGCACUCAGGAGUCAGGACUUAGAUGAGGAACCCAGAAGUAUUGCCACUGGAGAGAUGACUGAAGCAGAUGUUUCCAGUGGGAAAGGCGAUGAGACUGCACUUACAACUGUGAAGACAGAGGCAUCCCCUGAAAGCAUGUUGUCUCCAUCACAUGGCUCCAAUCCCAUCGAAGAUCCUUUAGAGGCAGAGGCUCAGCACAAGUUUGAAAUGUCAGACUCAUUGAAAGAAGAAUCAGGGACUAUUUUUGGAAGCCAGAUAAAGGAUGCCCCAGGUGAGGAUGAGGAGGAAGAUGGAGUCAGUGAAGCGGCCAGCCUAGAGGAGGCUAAGGAAGAAGAUCAAGGAGAAGGCUAUUUGUCAGAAAUGGAUAAUGAACCCCCUGUGAGCGAGAGUGAUGAUGGCUUUAGCAUUCACAAUGCUACUCUGCAGUCCCAUACACUGGCAGACUCCAUCCCCAGCAGCCCUGCGUCUUCACAGUUCUCUGUCUGUAGUGAAGAUCAGGAAGCUAUUCAGGCACAGAAAAUUUGGAAGAAAGCUAUCAUGCUUGUAUGGAGAGCUGCAGCUAAUCAUAGAUAUGCCAAUGUCUUCCUGCAGCCUGUUACAGAUGAUAUAGCACCUGGCUACCAUAGCAUUGUACAGAGGCCUAUGGAUUUGUCAACUAUUAAGAAAAACAUUGAAAAUGGACUGAUCCGCAGCACAGCUGAAUUUCAGCGUGAUAUUAUGCUGAUGUUCCAGAAUGCUGUAAUGUAUAAUAGCUCGGACCAUGAUGUCUAUCAUAUGGCAGUAGAAAUGCAGCGAGAUGUCUUAGAGCAGAUUCAGCAAUUCCUGGCCACACAGUUGAUUAUGCAGACAUCUGAAUCUGGAAUCAGUGCUAAAAGUCUUCGAGGGAGAGAUUCUACCCGCAAACAGGAUUCUUCAGAGAAGAUGGGGCGUGAGUGGGUUUGGUUCGAUUCGGAGCAAGACUAUCCCAAUGACUCUGAGCUGAGCAACGACUGCAGGUCCCUCUUCAGCUCAUGGGAUUCCAGUCUGGAUCUUGAUGUGGGCAGCUGGAGAGAAACUGAGGAGCCAGGGGCUGAGGAACUAGAGGAAAGCAGCCCAGGGAGAGAACCUAGUGAGCUGCUUGUGGGGGACGGAGGCAGUGAGGAAUCUCAGGAAGAGGCAGAGCAAGUCAGCCGUCAGAAUCUCCUCCACUUUCUUUCUGAGGUUGCUUAUUUAAUGGAGCCAUUGUGCAUUAGCAGUAAAGAAUCAAGUGAAGGUUGCUGUCUUUCAUCUGGUACCAGACAACAAAAGGGAAGGGAAAUGGAAGCUACUGAAGGAGAAGAGUCAUGCAGAAAGCCUGAACAGCCUUCAGCUAGGGUAGACCCCUUGGUAGCUAAGAAGUCACUGGAAGAAAAUGGAAGGCCAGAGGUGACUUCAGCUCCCUCAGAGAUUUAUGCAAUUCAGCGACUAUCCAUGGAGAGUGAAGAGGGGGAGGUUCAUCAAGAAUCCAAAGAGGAGGACCAGGGUGAAGGGUAUGUGUCAGAGAUGGAAGACCAGCCCUCUUCAGGUGAGUGUGAUGAUGGUUUCAGCAUUCAGGAGACUCCUCUGGUGGACAUCCUUUUCAGCCGUGCUACUUCUUCAAAGUUGUCUGAUCUAGGCCAGAGUGACCCUGUUCAGGAUCACUUGUUAUUUAAAAAAACUUUCCUGCCAGUCUGGAAGAUGAUUGCCAGUCACAGGUUCAGCAGUCCUUUUCUGAAGCCUGUGUCAGAAAGGCAGGCCCCAGGAUACAAGGAUGUGGUGAAAAGACCCAUGGACUUAACUAGCCUGAAAAGGAAUCUGUCUAAGGGACGGAUUUGCACCAUGGCUCAGUUCCAGCGGGACCUGAUGCUGAUGUUCCAGAAUGCUGUGAUGUACAAUGACUCUGAUCACCAUGUGUACCAUAUGGCUGUGGAGAUGCAGCGAGAAGUCUUGGAGCAGAUUCAGGUGCUGAGUAUUUGGUUAGACAAAAGGAGAGACUUAAAUAGUUUGGAAUGAGAACCAGCCAACCCUGUGGAUGAUGGAAAACCUCUUUUGUUAACCAGGAGCUGCUGUCCUGACCUUUUCUGGAUUUGGGACCUUUUAUGGAUACUCAGAAGAUCCCAGUAUUUGUUUACCAGUUUUCUGUUGUCUUUUCUAGUAAGAAAAAUGUGUUAACUCACAACCAAGGAGUCAAAGGUGUCUGUAGACAUAAUAUAAAAUGGGGAAAGCUGAGAUUUGGGGUUAUGCCAUAAAUGUUGCUCACUUCUUUGUUCCAUAGGCUUGAUUUAGAUGUAACUAAAUUAAGC